CGCCGUUUGGCAUGCCUGGCGCGCCGGCAUAUCCCUCGUCGCCAUAUGCCAAUUCUCCGCAGGCCCCGGGCUACCUCUCGCUGCCAACGUCGCCCGCCGCCAUGCACCCGCCGCCCUUCCAUCAGCCGCAACCCUACCAGCAGCCCAAUGGACAGCCGCCGCCCCCGCCGCCACAGAGCUCCAUGCCCCCGCCAAAGGUCCCGUACAGCAAGGCGACGGACAACUCGGAGCUGGAGAAGGCGAAUGCGCGGGACCUGGACGUGAACAACAUCAGCGACGUGCUUACUGGAUCAGGCAUCGAUCUGCGCGCCGAAGAGGACAACCUGCUGCAGAACUACAGGAGCUUCAACUCGCAGACCUCGGCGUCUUCGGCCUCGCCGCACGGCAGCUUCAACAACUGGGGCCAGCAGCCAAACCAUGGCGCAUACCAAGGGACGGGCCCGCUCAGCCAGGAAAUGACCAAGGAGCAGCAGGAGGCCGAGUUCAUUAGGAAGCAUGAACAGGCCGCUCGCAUUCUGAACGAGUCGGCCCAGCAGCCUCUCAAUGACCCCUUCCUGUCGGCGAGCGUGUUGCGGCACCGCAUUGCAAAGCGCGGUUAUGAGCACGGCAUUCAGAUCAACGUGGAUGGCCUGUUUGAUAAGAUCCCCGACAAGGGCCAACAAGAAAUCACACGCACUACACAGACUGGCGCAAACGGCGAACAGAUCAUCGGCCUAGAGGCUGCCAGUCUGCUCAACCAGAACGCUCCGCUUGUGGAGAUUCUAACGCUGCUAACGCUGGCGGCGGAAGAGCGCGUACGGACUAUCGUUGAAGAUUCCUUUGCCCUGUGUCAAGGCCGCCAGAACACAUCUCAUGGCAUUGUUCCGCCCCAGAUGGUCGACAUUGCCGUGGUAGACGAGAACGCGCAGGAGAAGAUGAUCCGUCCCGUCAAUAUCCUAAAAACACCAUGGGAAGCCCCGGACAGCGCUGUCAGCCCCACGGCGACAGCAAGCAAGGGUCUUCCCAAUGCAGCACGUCUACCAACACCACCGAGCGAAGCACCACCAACCCCUCAGCGAACAUACCAAAACGUCAAUCACGUUGCCAAUGCGCUUACUAAACGCGUUCAAGAUGAUUACAAAUGGGAACAAGAACGACUCCGCAAGCGGGCAAAGCGGCAAGCAGGUGCUUCUGCCACGUCGGCAGAUGUGCCCGCUCUACCCAUACCGCUGCCAGAACCUGUUACCAAAAAGGCAUUGGCUGCUGCGAAGAAGCAGAGCCAGUCAGAUGUCGUUGUAUUCGGCAAAGCCAACGAGACAGCCAGCAUGGCGCUCGGCGGCAAAAAGAAGAAGUAUUCCUGGAUGACGGGCGGCGGAGGCGGAGGCGGCGGCGGGUCUGCAUCAGGCGCAUCAACACCGCGACCAGUGGCAGCAUCCGGCGGCAGUGGCACCGUAACGCCCGCAGCUCAAGCACCCGAGAAGGCUCUUGUUGGGCGCAAGCGCAAAUUCGGCGAAGGAAUUGAGCAGACGGAGACGGGUGCCGGAAUCCAACUCCGCGAUCUCAUCCACGUACUGGAAAGCGACGGCAGGGAAAAGAAGACGCUCACGCUCAUCCUAGCGCGGAUGAAGAAUACAGACAAGGACCCGAAGCCCGAAACUCACAAGGGUGCGCCUGCCGUACCUGGUCGGGUAUAAACAAGAGAGAGAGAGAG